AUGUCUUCUACCAACACCCAAACUACUCAACCCGGCACUGAAGUCGCCGAAACCUCUGGCCCAGAAUACCGUGAAGGCCAGAUUGGCGGUAGCAAUCACAUGUGCGUCGUUAAUCGCGGAGGCCAAAUCGGUGGAAGCAAUCACAUUUGCGUUCUGUCUCGCGGAACUCGCGGAGGUCAAAUCGGUGGAGGCAAUCACAUGUGCGUCGUGUCCAAGCAAAUAGGUGGUAGUACCAACAGUUCCCACUGUAGCAUUAAUUGA